GGAGGGAGAGGAAAAAAAAGAGGGUCUCACUUCCGCCUUGGUGUCAGCGGGUCUCGUUUGGGGAGGGGGGGCGGCAUUUGCAAGUGCGCGUGCGCUGCGGGAGGCAGCCCGAGGAAGAGCGCGCCGGGUGCCAGGAACGAAGUUCAGGCUGAUCAAAUGCUGUGAAUCAGCACUGUGGAUUCUCUGCAGAUACAGUGUGUAAUCAGUGUUGCCGUUAAAAUUCAAUUGGACAGAUCACUUGGGGAAAAUAUUUUUAUGAAAAAGGACUACCACAUCAAGAGCAGCUAUGCAUUAGAGGAAAGUAACCUGCUUGGGCAGAGAAACAAACUACUACUUAAAGGAUGAAUAGUGAAGAGGAAUUCUAUGAUGCCGUUACAGGCUUCGAUUCCGACAAUUCAUCAGGGGAAUUUUCAGAAGCAACUCAUAAAGGUGAUGCGGAUCUCCAUCAGACGAAUAGGACUGGAAGACACAAUGGAGAUGGGCAGGUGCAAGAGAACGGCAUCAAGAAACACAGAACAGCAUUACCUGCACCGAUGUUUACUAGGAGUGAUUUCAGCGUCUGGAGUAUCUUAAAAAAGUGCAUUGGACUGGAGCUGUCUAAAAUUACAAUGCCCAUUGCCUUCAAUGAGCCUCUGAGCUUUCUCCAGCGGAUAACAGAAUAUAUGGAACACACAUACCUCAUUAAUAAAGCAUGUAGUCACGCAAACCCUCUAGAAAGAAUGCAGGCCGUCGCUGCUUUUGCUGUUUCUGCUGUAGCUUCUCAGUGGGAGAGAACUGGCAAACCGUUUAACCCUCUCCUUGGAGAAACAUAUGAAUUAGUCAGGGAGGAUUUAGGUUUUAGAUUUAUUUCUGAACAGGUCAGUCAUCACCCACCUAUCAGCGCAUUUUAUUCUGAAGGCUUAAACCAGGAUUUUGUUUUUCAUGGAUCAAUUUACCCGAAGCUGAAGUUCUGGGGGAAAAGCGUGGAAGCAGAACCCCGGGGAACAAUAACGCUGGAGCUUUUAAAACACAAUGAAGCUUACACAUGGACUAACCCUACUUGCUGUGUACAUAAUGUAAUUAUUGGCAAGCUCUGGAUAGAACAAUAUGGAACAGUAGAAAUUGUAAAUCACAGUACUGGCGAUAAAUGUAUCCUUAACUUCAAACCAUGUGGAUUGUUCGGCAAAGAGCUUCACAGAAUAGAGGGCUAUAUUCAAGACAAGAAUAAGAAGAAAGUCUCCGUGAUCUAUGGCAAAUGGACAGAAUGCUUGUGGUGUAUCGAUCCUUCAACCUACGAAAGCUCCAAAAAGAAUGAACGGCGAGGUGGGGGUGACCAGAAGAAACCCAAACCGAGUGAGGAUGCUGAAAAUGAUGAAGCUGAUGAUAUGCCUGAGGUCCAAGAGACUGUGCAAGUCAUACCUGGCAGUAAACUGCUUUGGAGGAUAAGUUCAAGACCACCCAAUUCGUCUCAGAUGUACAACUUUACCAGUUUUGCCGUCACUCUCAACGAGCAAGAAAAAGGCAUGGAAGAAAUAUUGGCUCCCACAGACUGUCGGCUGCGGCCGGAUAUCAGGCAUAUGGAGAAUGGCGAGAUAGAUCUGGCUAGUAAAGAAAAGGAGAGGCUGGAGGAGAAGCAGCGAGCCGCUCGUAAGGAACGUGCAAAAGAUGAGAUCGAAUGGAGGACAAGAUGGUUUUAUCAAGGUACUAAUCCAUAUACUGGGACUGCUGACUGGUUAUACUCAGGCGGAUACUUCGACAGAAACUUCUUUGACUGUCCCGAUAUAUACUGAAUCUUGAGCACCGUUGUCCCUUCACCCAGAGUCAGCUGAUGCCAGUGUCUCUCUGGAUUGGUCAAGAGCAGAACCCACCCUUUUCUAAAGUAAAUUUUAAUGAAACGAUCAGUCACGGAUCAAGGAUUUGUCAUUUAAUUUUGACUGCCCAAAUAAGCGGUCAUUUCUCUCCGUAAAGCGACAGCCUGAAUUGAUUGCGUUUCAGAGGAAAGUGGUUUGCACGGGUUUUUUUUUUGUUUGUUUGUUUGCUUUCCCCAUUAGUCGGUUUCUAUUUUAUUAUCUGUUCCUGGGCCAGAGUGAAAAUGCUGCAGCCAGUGGCGCUUGCAGCACCUUAUUAAACUUUUAACUUAUUCAGUACAGAUGACCGCAACAUAACUUCUCAUAUUUCAGCAGUAAAGGACACCUGGAAGUAUUCACAGCUUGGAGCAACGGUGGCAGAUUGGUACUAUCGAGAAACAAUGUGGUUGUUGGAAAGGGUUAUUUAAUGAGAAUUGGAGUGACUGGGCUUCUUGGGAGUCUUCUAAAAGGAGUCUUUAUCAUUUUAACAACCUUAGCAGAGAGCAUUAGGCUUAACUCACAGGCUCGGAAACAUUUAACUCGUUUUUCGCCUCCAUCUUUGGGCACCGUGAUUAUCAAUUAAGUGAAACACCUGUGAUUCUGGGGUUCUUUAAUUAUUAUUUUAAAGAAGCAACAACAGCAAACUACUAAAUUGAACUUCGGGACGUGGUCUAUAGGUGUUCGUGACAAACACCUCCUUGUCUGAAGUUUCAGAAUGUAUGGAUUUAAAAAAAAAACAAACCACAAAGGCUUUGGAGACGUUCAUAGGAAUUUGGGUGUUUUGCGUGUGCGUGCUUGUGUGUCAUGUAAGAAACCACUUUUUUUUUUGCUUUAAUUACGAGAAGUCUGCAGCGCUGCUUCUGGCAGGCUGGCGCUAUUCAGGACUUAUCCGUGAACAUGCACUUCUUUGUCCAUCUUUGGAUUAACGCUUAAUCUUAUCUGCAAAAAGCAGUCACGUUUGGUUUUGGAUAUUUCAUCGCGUGUUCAGAAGCUUUUACUGGGUCAUGAUGGAUAGUGCUUUCCUGAAAAGCAAUUUCCCCUCCACUACCCUCUAACUAAAACUGAGUGACCUGGCUGAGGCUUUCAUUGAAUUUACAAAGAGGUAUUUCCUUGAGCGUGAGCUUAUUUUUGUGGACUUAAAAAACAUAUCAAAGCCAUAUGAUCCCUGAGCUGUCACGAAUUGUGAAAAAGAAGUGUUCUUUUUAAAAAACUCAUUACCCAUACAUUUUCUAGAAGGCAGAUGAACUUCAAGGGCGAUACAUGAAGGCCUGAAAAUAGAGGUUUAGACUGGUAUUUCAGGCAGAUUUUCAUGAGCUUCAAAGAUAAGAAUUCACUGAUCGUUUUCUUGGCUGUAGUCCCAUCAGAUUGUGUGGGGUUAUACUAGUGUGGUGGUUUAAGAAUUUGUCGCUUGUGUAUUUAGAAGCAUCUACAUCAGCUGAUGAGUUUGAUUUCCACAUGUUUUGAAGUUUCAAGCUUGCAAACUUCAACCAAAGAGUAAAGAUGCUGGAACUGCAUCUAAAGGAGAGAAGCUUCAGAGACCUCUAUGGGGACGUUAGGUGUUGGUAUUUUUAUACUCACGCCUAUGGAACAGAAAAAUUUGACUGCAACAUUUUGGUUGCAUUUCAUUAAAUUUUCCAGCAAAGAAACUUAUGCUGAGAACAUUCAAGGCAAUAAAAAAGACACUACAGACUGAGAGAACAAUUUUUGGCUAGCAUGCGUUUUCAUUGCUCUUAACUUGAUAUUGUCCUUGGAUAUUGUCUUCCAAGCAUUGUGUUUCUGAAAAAAAGGUUUUAAGUCCCCUAUUCAUUUCAGCAGGGCUAAGAAGUGUUUGAUGAACACCAUCCCUACAUAAGAAGAGCCCUGCUGAAUCAGACCAGUGGUCCAUCUAGUCCAGCUUCCUGUCUCAUAGAGUGCCUGACUAGUUAACCUGGAGGGCCAACCAACAGGGCAGUAGAGACCAAGACCUUCCCCAAUGUUUCCUCCUGGCACGGGGAUCGAGAGGUUUACUACCUCUGAACGUGUAAGUUCCAAAUGCCACUUCAAGUCACUAACACCACUCAGUCAGUCUCCACUGUGUUUCUAUGUUUUCCCCGUCCAGUCCUGCAAUAAAUGAAUGUCAUAAAUCCACACAUUAAUAGAUGUCAACAGUGAAAGUUUCCAUCCCACAACGAAUAAAUGUUGAAAAUUCAUACAUAGCAAUAUAUGUAAAUAAGCUUCUCACCAGAGAUAAAAACAAGCUACUGCAGGCCUUUGUUGUAAGCAUAUAAUUUACCAACAGAUGCCUCGAUCCAGAGAGGAGCAGAUUUCGUUCUCUCUCUUGUUCCCGUGCCAGAUAAGACGCUUGGCCAGAGGAGGGAUUGAGAAGACCGUGCUUUAAUGGCUCUCUUCCUUCUCAGGGAAAGUGGAACGGUGGCAGGGUUGGGAGAGCUGUCAUCCGCCGAUCUUCAAGGUUGGCUAACAGCUAUUCUCUCAAGCCUGAUUGUUGCUUGCAGGGUGCUUUGAGGUCCAACUGCAGCGAUUUGUUGAAGUUAUGGGUUCCAAAGCCCUGAUCCGGAUAGGCCAGGCUAGCCUGAUCUCAUCAGAUCUCGGAAGCUAAGCGAGAGUCGGCCCUGCCUGGUACUUGGUUGGGAGACCUCCAAGGAAUACCAGAGAUGGGCAGCGGCAAACCACUUCUGAUGGUCACUUGCCUUGAAAGCCCAGUGGGUGGCUGCUGUUUAUUUAGUAUUUUAUUUAGUAGGCUUAUAUUCCGCCCUUUCCCAUGACAGGCUCAGGGCAGAUCACAACAUGAACUGAACAACAAUUCAAAAACCCCUACAAUUUAAAUUUAAAACAAUACGAUAGAAUUAGCAAACCAAAAACAAUAGAACGAAAUAAUGAGCAUCACAGGCGAGAAGGGCGCAAUCACAAAAAUACAGCAGUUUUUGGCCCAAGAAGAAGUGACGGUGUUAGUAAGAUACAGCACCCCAACAAGGCUGUAAAGCAUGAUGUCACAACAAGGGAGGCCAACUGAUGGGAUAGUUGCUGAAGUAGGAUGCCCACUGCCAUAAGUCAGCUGUGACUUGAUGGCCAAAAAGGGGGGGGGGGUUGAGAAAAGUGUCGAAACUCAGUUCCGCACAUGGAUCGACCCUCACUGGAUUGAGGCUGCGGUAUGCCCUUAUCUAUGGAAGUUAAGCCAGAAAUCUAAAUUAAAAAUACCAGUACCUACUUCAGCCUUUUACAGAAAGGUGAGCGGAAGCACACUAUACUUUUUAAUUAGAAAGAAUAUUUCAAAUUUUGAAUUGUGGGAUAAACAUAGCUGACCUAUUCCUUUUUUAAAAAAUAAAAUAAAAAGCUUAGAAAAGGAUAUUCUUUCCAUAUUGCACCGCUAUAGGAAAAUGUCAUCCAAUCAUAUCUGACUUUUUUUUUUAAAGUAAGACCGUCUUAUUGCUAAUGGUAGGUAGUAUGUUGUGCCCAGUUUGAUUUUUUUUUAAAAAAAAAAAGAUUUAAUUUUAUCCAUUGCUUAACUUCUUGCUUAAUCAACCUGCAUUUGAAGUUAAAUCACGUCCACAUGUUCCGAAUCUCCUCCUCCUGCGCCAGGCAUGGGCUGUGUUCACACCUGAUACCUAAAGGGCUCUUGCGCAGAUCCAUUGAAAACAGUGCAUAAAGAAAUGGGGGGAAAGUAGUGGGUCUGUUGGGGAAGCCUGAAACAGACACUUGUCUCGGAGACAGGGAGCGAUUUGGCAUGAACAGUUCCUUUUUUUUAGCAUUCCCAUCACUUCUAAUAAUGAGUUGCACUUAAAUAUAUCUUGGGAAAAUAGCAAACGUGUUCUCUCCCGUGUUUGCCUUUAACUUCUAGCUUGCCUCUUCUACAGGGAAGCUGGUGAUCCAAAAAUAACACACCACAAUAGCAUCAGACAGAAAUGCAUGCUGGAAUCCAUGACCCUCAGAAGCUUCACCCACAAAAUUUAAACCCUGGUUUGUUUUAAAGAAGAGAACUUUCCUGGUUUGUUAACGUUUUACCUGCACUUACCAGUACUACCUUCAUCAUUUUAGCACUGCCUUACAAAAUUGACCAAUUGACACUCCACAGGGGAAUCAAAAAAGCACUUUUGGAAAUAACCAUGUUAAAAUAUUAAGCUUUAGGCAUUAAGAUGAAAUGUUAACUGAAGUAUUUUUCAUGACUUUUUCCCCUCAGCUGCUGACUUUUAGUUGUAUCUGCCUCGAUACUUUGAUUUAAAGUUUUAAGGCUCGUGUGUGCAUUAGCCCUGACCCACGAGCGCUGAAAGUUUUGAUACACGUAUGGUACUCUCUGCAAACAAGGGCUUCCCUCCUACACUCUAGCGUCAGGGAGAAUUCCCUAUACCAAUCGUAGUACCUGCGGUGCAUGUAGUGAUGCUAUAGUAUAAGGAAAAGGCUGUGCUUAGCUGAAACGCUGUGUCAAUAUAAAACUCCUUCUGAAACUUAAGCUGGGGGGGCGGGGCAUUGCUUUGUCCCCUGCAUGCUAUGCCAGUAGGUAGCUGCUAUGUCUGCUUCCAGGCAGGUACAAGAUCACCUCUACGUAACAGCUAAAUGUACUUUGCUAGAGGUAAGCAAGAAAGGUUGACACUAGACUACCUUUGGCAUGGCAUGGUGAAGACAGGCAAUUAACUGGGAUACAGCUGUCUUUUCCAGGGAUAAGUAUGUCAGAAAUGCAUCCACAAACCUUUCAGUCUUCACCCAUCACAAUAAGCAGUUGAGUUGGCUGCCUUUAUCCUUACCUGGGUUUUGAUAGGCUGCCUUUAUACUUACAUGGCUCUUGAUAGGCUGCCUUUAUCCUUACCUGGGUUUUGAUAGGCUGCUUUUAUCCUUAUCUGGCUUUUGAUAGGAUGCCAGACUUUAAAUAACACUACAAAUCUCUCGAUUCCUGCAGCAGGACAACUUUAAUUGGAGAGUGUCUAUUUAAAAAAAAAAAAUUAUGUAAAAAAGAUUUGCGAUCCAGCUGAGCAAUUGCACAUUUUACCUGACAGCUCUUCUAAAACUAAAAGGGAAUGAACAGCGUGUGGAACUGCGUGUUCCUGAUAGGGGGAGUUUGAUGAAACUUUUGAUUUCUGCCAUAAUUUACAAGUCUAAUUUGGUGGUUGGCCAUUGCACCUUUGACUCCUGUUUGGGAUGGAUCAUUCUACGUAAAGUGACAACUUCCAUGUUUGCAUGCUUGCCCAUUCUUUGCUCACAGUGUGAGAAACAAACAAACCUGAUUGUGGUCUCCACUUAAUUACUAACCUUUUAUUAUGUUUUUCCCCCCUGCCUUUCGAAUCUGGUGAUCAGUAAACUAACCAAAAUAAUAUGUGAAAUGCAAGCUGAUUCGUCCUUAGUAAACCGAAAUCUUUUUUUCCCCCAUAGCCCAAAGUUCCUUCCCAGAGCAGGAAAGCUCACAAGGAACUUUGGAACCCCUAGCUGUAGCACUCAGGCUAACUUGUGAUUCUGAAGAAAAUUUAAAAAAAAAAAAUGUGUGUUGUGAAUCGUCCAAACGAUUCAGGGUACUGGCGUGGUCUUUAAUCUCUUUCCUGUUCACUAUACUCCGUGUAUUUUACUGUUGCAAAUAAGACAUAGAUGUUCCUGUUUAUGUAGUGCUUUAAAUUCACGUACUCAUUUGACAACGUACCGUAAUGUUGCCUCUUGAAAUACACGCAUUAAUUUGGGGUUACUUGUAAAAAUAAAAGCAAUAGUUACCAAUUCAUGUAAAGCUAACGGUUCUAACACAGAAAACUGAUUUUUUUUUUUAGUAUGCUUUUUAUAGCAUGGAAGAAUUCAACAUAUUACCCACCCCCUGCCCCUUCAUUUCUCGGUCCACUCUACAGCUGCUGCUGCUACUUAUUGCUGUUCUUUUUUGCCUUACUUACUGUAUCACUGUUUAAUGACGAUUUACAUAGAUGGGUCAAUCCGCCAGGAAAUUCCUUUCAUCCAAACCCCUAUUUGAAAGGGGGUUUGCACAAGAGUAGUCAUGCAGGCUGCGCACUUGCGCACACCCUCCACACACUUUACUCGAGUGGGGCUUGCAUCAGAGACAAUUUCCUGGGAGAGCAUACCCAUUGUGGGUGGCUGUUGUUUGUUUUUUUCUUUUGCCUUAUCCACGUUGCAUGAAAAUGUCGGAGGAUAAUAAUAAUAAUAAAGGCUAUAGUGAAAUGGAUUUAUUUUUAUAAUAUUUAAUAACUGUCAAUACCCAGCUAUAUUAACGAGACAAAAAUCAUAUUUACCUUUUUAGAGAAGUCUGUACAGGUUUGUGGACAUAAAUGUUAAAAAAAACUGUAAAUCUGAAAUAAAGGUUGUUUUGGAGAAGAA